AUGUCACAAGAAUCCUCCGUCUCAUACGCGGCAUUGAUCUUAGCCGACGCUGGCCAAGAAAUCACCUCCGACAAAUUGUUGGCCAUCACCAAGGCUGCAGGUGCUGAAGUUGACUCCAUCUGGGCUGACAUCUUCGCCAAGGCUGUUGAGGGUAAGAACUUGAAAGAGUUGUUGUUCUCUUUUGCUGCUUCUGCCCCAGCCGGUGGUGCUGCUCCAGCUGCUGCUGCUGGCGGUGCUGCUGCCGGUGGUGAUGCUGCUGCCGAAGAAGCUAAGGAAGAGGAAGCUGCUGAAGAAUCUGACGACGACAUGGGAUUCGGUUUGUUCGAUUAA